CGCCACAUGACCUGGAAAUUUCAUUUCCACAUGACCGGGGAUAUUUUGGUGGCUUAUAUACCACACUGUGAUCCAAAGUCUAUACGGGAACGGGAACCCAAGAUCGGCCACUGGACUAUUCACAUAUUGAGAAAUUUCAAGAAUCAGAAAGAUGAGUAACAGUAGUUGCAGUGACUCUGUGGAGCCAGAUUGUAUAUACAAAAACCAUAAUGAACAGAUUGAAGUUAGGGUUAAACAUUUGCUCUCAAAAAUGACUUUGAAUGAAAAAGCAGGACAAAUGACUCAAAUCGAAAGAACCGUCGCUACACAUUCCGCCAUUAAAGACCUCUCCAUUGGAAGUAUUCUUAGUGGUGGUGGAAGCGGACCAUUUGAUAAAGCUUCACCUUGUGAUUGGGCUGAUAUGAUUGAUGGUUUCCAAAAUUCAGCUCUUCAAUCACGUCUUGGAAUUCCAAUUAUUUAUGCAACUGAUGCUGUUCAUGGUCAUAAUAACCUUUUUGGUGCCACCAUUUUUCCUCACAAUAUUGGCCUUGGAGCUACCCGUGAUGCUGAUUUGGUUCAAAGGAUUGGUGCUGCCACUGCUCUUGAAGUUAGAGCAACUGGUGUGCAUUGUGCUUUUGCUCCGUGUGUAGCUGUUGCUAGGGAUCCUAGGUGGGGAAGGUACUAUGAGAGUUUUAGCGAAGAUACUGAAAUAGUUCGGAAUAUGACCUCUGUUGUUGCCGGAUUACAGGGAUUGCCACCUGCACGGCAUCCUAAUGGAUACCCUUAUGUAGCAGGAAGAAAUAAUGUUAUUGCAUGUGCCAAGCACUUCGUUGGAGAUGGAGGUACUGAUAAGGGGAUAAAUGAGGGGAAUGCCAUAUUAUCCUUAAGCGACUUGGAAAAAAUCCAUAUGGCGCCUUAUCUGGAUUGUCUAUCUCAAGGAGUUUCCACAGUUAUGGCGACCUAUUCUAGUUGGAACGGGAGCAAACUGCACUCAGAUUAUUAUCUCUUAACAACUAUUUUGAAAGAGAAGAUGGGUUUUCAGGGUUUUGUUAUUUCUGACUGGGAAGGUAUUGACCGACUUUCUCAGCCUCAUGGGUCAGACUAUCGAUAUUGCAUUUCCGAAUCAAUCAAUGCAGGAGUUGACAUGGUGAUGGUUCCUUUCAGAUACGAAAAGUUCCUCGAGGACUUGAUAUUUCUGGUGGAAUCAGGAGAUAUACCCAUGUCUAGGAUUGACGAUGCUGUUGAGAGAAUCUUGAGGGUUAAAUUUAUUGCAGGGCUUUUUGAAAAUCCACUGACUGACAGAUCGUUGCUAGAUACAGUGGGUUCCAAGAUUCAUAGGGAAUUGGCUCGUGAAGCCGUUCGAAAGUCCCUGGUUUUAUUAAAGAACGGAAAGGAUCCAAAUAAACCAUUUCUUCCGUUAGAUAGAAGUGCGAGAAGGAUUCUUGUCGCAGGAAGUCAUGCUGAUGAUCUGGGGUAUCAGUGUGGCGGAUGGACAAUGACUUGGCAUGGAAGCAGUGGAAAUAUUACAACUGGGACAACCAUAUUGGACGCUAUUAAAGAAGCUGUGGGAAGGGAAACAGAAAUUAUCUAUCAGAAGUAUCCAUCACCUGACAUAUUUGCUGCUAAAGAUUUCUCCUUUGCAGUUGUUGUUGUUGGAGAAGCUGCAUAUGCAGAGGCCUUGGGUGACAAUUCAGUUCUUGAGAUCCCUUUUGGUGGCUCUGAUUUGAUCAGUUUAGUAGCUACUAGAGUUCCCACAUUGGUGAUUAUGAUAUCUGGAAGACCCCUAGUUCUGGACCCAGGGAUGUUGGAGAAGGUCGAUGCAUUUGUUGCUGCUUGGUUACCAGGUACUGAAGGAGCUGGAAUUGUGGACGCGGUAUUUGGAGAAUCUGAGUUUGUAGGCCUUCUCCCGGUGACAUGGUUUAGGAGGGUGGAUCAGUUGCCCUUGAAUGCCGGGGACCAUUCUUAUGAUCCUCUGUUUCCCCUAGGUUUUGGGCUAAAGAAGUUCGGUGUGGAGAGGAACCAAGAGGCGCACUUCCUUCGAGCAAAAAGCAGGGCAUAGGACAAAGGAAGUCAUCUGUCCCACAUUUUCAACUCCACCGCUAGUUCGGUAUAGUGUUCACCCGGUGAUUUGUUUCACUUUAGCUUCUCCUUUCCGUUGUUGUCUAGUGAUAAGUAAGGACUAAGGUCUAGUGAUAACUAAAGUAUUAAGGUACUUAGCGCUUCACUCCAUUUUACGAAACAGCGAUACUAUAUCUGUGCUAAGCCUAAGGUAACUUAGAUGAUUAAUGAUGAUAUAUGUAUAUCUGAAAGUUAACUAAAUUUGUUAUUGUUUAAGAAACAUUUAAAAGCAAUCUGAUGCUACUACUAAUACCAACAUCUGAUGGUACCAAAA